AUACACGCGAGCAACCAUCAUCAGAAGUUUCAACGCCAACCCUACGAGUCGUCUUGCAAAAGGUUCCCGAGUUCUUUGACUUCUUGCCACAAACACCAGCAAGGAACGUUUUUCACUCUGCACAGAACUUUCGGAAUACCAUGAGGUGAUUCAACCCUUUUUGUUCCCGAGUUCUGGAACGUAAGGAACUUCAGCGCUGGUCAGUCCGUCGCCAUUUUUUUUUUCUGUUCGAUCUUCGCUUCGGACAGUCGUGUGGUCGGGCCUGGUGUUGUGUGUGUCCGAAGAGUUGUGAUCUGGCGUGGAGUUUUGGUGCUGGACAGGAGACGAGAAGCUGGUUGCACAGCAAACAGGGAGGACUGGUUCUGGAGUGAACAGUGGCCAUGGAAGCAGAUCAGACAGGUUUUUCGGGUUCGCCGCCGAACAGCGUAGCAGGUGUAUCGGCGGCAGCCUCUACCUGUAGCGACGAUGCCAACAACGGGGAUUCGACGCCCCCAAACCCAGGAGGAGUCAACAGAAACCCAACCUACUACACAAAUGGUGCCAAUGAUAUCACAAUCAAAGAUGAACCUGAAGAUGAUACCCCUUCAGUGGUGGUGGCCUCCAACCACACUCCUUUGCCUUCCAUUUCAGAAGAGAAUUGGAGAGCCUAUUACCAACCUUCUCUGGUUGUGUACAAUGGUAUACCUGAAGACCAGAUAAGUGUAUAUGAAGCAGCCACUGGUUACAAACUGCCACCCUUGGGAAAGUUCGGUAAAAACCUUGUUGGGAAACUACCAGCAUCAGCCAUAUGGAGUUUGGCCGUCCCGCAGCCAGAGCCGGAGCUGAUUACUCCUCAUACAGAUGCUGGGUCUCCGGUGCCCAGUCCCGGCCAGCAGCCUAGCGACCUGUCAACACAGACCGUCUACCUACACAGGACAGACGGCACUAAAGUAAUCGUGCAGUCAAUGGAUCGGGAGGAUUCUGUCAUACAACCAGUGCCAGAUGGUGUGGAGGGCAAGGCCGUCGACAAGGACGGAGGACAGGCCCUGCCUUUGCUGGCCCCAGCAGCUGUUGAGGUGAAACAAGUAGAAGAACCUGAUGUACAAGAAGUAGAAAUGGAUGCAUCGAGGCAAAGAGAAUUACAGCAGGCCGAGGCCUCUCCCCAUGACAUUCAACUGGAGGGCACUCCAUAUCAGGUGGGCGAGUUCUCCCCCUCCUCCUACGAGCCCCUCGGUACGGGGCAAUACAGUGUUCUAACCAAUGUGGUCGUGACAGUCGCCCCUCCCCAAUAUGCUCAGACAGCGGCGGCCAGUAACGCCUACGCCAUCACGCCAGACUACUACAGAGAACCAACAGACCAAUACACUCAAGCUGUGAGGCAGCACCUAGCUACUUAUCCUGACGCCGUCGACAAUGUUACCUACGUCGAAAGGUAUAUUCGACAAAACUACAAACCUUCCCCACACGGACUGACGGUGGACUUGCCUUCCCCGGAUUCCGGAAUUGGGGAAACAACAGUGACACCAAGAGAUUCUUUACAACAGAUGUUCGACUACACUGAUAUUGCUCAACAACCCUCUCUUCUGCAACCUACAGAUGAAGAUUCUUCUACAUCGCGAAGCACGCCAGCUCCUUCCUCUCCGUCCAGGAAAAACUCGUGGAACCAUGAGUAUGGACGAAACGCCGAAUUAGACAAAGUCCAGAUUCCUAAAAUAAUGUCAGAUGUUGGCUUCCGCUACUACUUAGAAGCUCCAAUCUCAACCAGUCAAAGAAGGGAAGAUGACAGAAUGACAUACAUUAACAAAGGUCAAUACUAUGGUCUUACUUUAGAAUAUAUCAAUGACCCAGAAAGACAGUUAAGGGGCAAUACAGUAAAAUCCACCGUGAUGCUAGUGUUCCGAGAAGAGAAGAGUCCCGAAGAUGAGCUUAAAGCUUGGAAGUUCUGGCACAGUCGACAGCACAGUGUAAAGCAGAGAAUACUAGAUGCUGAUACAAAAAACAGUUGUGGAAUUAUUGGGCAGAUAGAGGAAGUUACACACAAUGCCAUUGCUUUCUACUGGAGUCCACUGGAUGGUCCUGCAAAGAUUAGCGUAUCAGUUCAUUGCCUGAGCACAGAUUUUAGUAACCAGAAAGGAGUGAAAGGCUUUCCACUUCAUAUACAAAUUGAUACAACAGAUGAUCCUCGUGAAAGCCUACCAAUCCACAGAGGUUAUUGUCAAAUAAAAGUUUUCUGUGAUAAGGGAGCUGAAAGAAAAACAAGGGAUGAAGAAAGAAGGGCAGCCAAAAGAAAACUCACAGCAACAGGUACUGAUCAAAGGAAUGUUUUCACAGGCAGCCGGAAGAAAAUUGAAGAAAUGUAUCAUCAGCCAUGUGAUAGAUCUGAAUUUUAUUCAAUGAGUGAUCUUACAAAAGCACCUAUUCUCUUUAGGCCUGAUGAAGACACAGAACGUCAAAAUGGGCCAGAACUGACUUUUUAUGCAAUAGCUGCACCGACUGAAGAAAACAUAGCAACAAUAGCUGAAGUAAAACAGCCACUUGAAAUACCUAUUGCUCCACCAAUAAAGAAAUUCAAAUUAACUCCACCUGAUCGAGAACUAACAGUGUCGUAUUGGGACUCAGUGCUUCUCUACGUGAGGCGGUCCGAUGAAGAAAUUUUCCAUGCCUUACACUUGGUGCCACCAAACCUCGAAGGACUGGCUAAAGCUCUGGAGAGUAAAUACAACAUUAGUACGAGUGUAAUAAGGCACUUUUACAAGAAAUGCAAAAAAGGAAUAACUGUGAUGAUGGAUGACGACAUCAUUCGACUUUAUAGCAAUGAGGAUACAUUUAUUCUCGACUUAAUUAAAACAGAAGACAACAAGUUUGACAUCACAUUAGAAGAACUGUAGCAUGGGAUACACAUUCUACUUCUUAACAUGUGCAUCAUCUGUAAAUUAAGAACUUAAAAGAAAAACCAUUUUUUAUCAAUGUCAACUGAGAAUUUUUUAAAUAAUUUUGAAAUUGUGACAAACAUUUUUAUGGGAUAAUUCAUUCAUACUUCAUAUACUUUCUUUAGGGUAUUUGUUAUUUACAUCCUGCAGAAGCUAAUUUAUAUAUAGGGUCAGGUAAAUCAUUGUACAUGCAGAUUGUUACUGAUUCUGCUUAGGAUAUGGUUAAAGAUGGCGAAUGAUAAAUGGUGAAUAUCUCUGAGCUAUGUUAUCAAAAUGCUUUUAUAUAUUUUAAUUUGUACAUAUUUGUUUGUACAUUCAGAUAAUGUAAGUGACGCUAAAAAGUAUGGAAUUCUAGAAAUUAAAGGGAAACUGAAGUUCAACGACAUAUUUAGCAGAUUCAUUUCAUACAAUGCUUUGAUUAGUGAAUGCAGAGCAUUUAUUUCCAGUUAUUAUUACAUUAAAAAAAGUGCACAUUCCAUUCAGUAGGAUGCAUUUUAAACUCGCACAUUAAUGUAAAAAUUGAAUCGCAUUUUGUACAAGAUUUUUACUAUUUUCAUAAAAGUUUUGAUUCUUACAAUACCAUGCAAAGAAUUACUAGUUUUGCAGGAAAAGAGUAUAGAUCUUUUAAAUAUUGAAUGGUUGAGGAACAAAAAUCUUGUACUCUAAUGCAAACACUAAAUAACUUAAAGACUGAAAUUCAGAUUUUUUAAAUUGGAAGAAAUAAGUUAUAUAUAUAAUAUAAAGUCUAUAAUGUCUUCUUAAGUAUUCUAUGCAAAAUAGUGCUUUAGUAAAAUUAUUUUGUCACAAUGCAUAAAAUAUUAAAUUGAAAAAUAUUUUAAUUGUAUUUUAAGCAAGAAAAUGCUGAAUACAGGUAGAGAAUGAUAUUCAUUGAAUAGCAAGUCAAGCUUUUCUAUGAAAAUUGCAAACCGAAUUAUUUAUUUAUUAUUUUUAAUUGGAAGGCAAAUACUUUAAUUUUACAGUUCCAUAUUUUUUUACUUUGUCAUUCAAAGUUGCGUUGCUUGAUUGUUGUGUGGGGAUGUAAUCCUUUCUUAAUUAUCUUUUAAUCAAAAGCUUGUGAUAUACUUUUCUACGUGUACUGUAUUAGCUUAAUUGUACUGCAAUAUUCACAUGCUGAAUAUAGUCAUAGGAAAUGAGAUUUUUCUAGUUCUACUUUAACAUCAAUAAAUUACAUUUAGUAGGUGCCAAAUCUUAAGUGAACAUUUAGUUGUAAUAUAAAGAAUGUUUUACUACAACUGUAGAUUUUUUUAAAAGAUUAUUCCUUUUUUUUUAAUUUUAUAUCAUUCAUUUUUAUGUGAAUCCAUAUGCUUCCAUGUACAUUAUUUUUUAUACGAUGAGGUGUAUUUUUCCAAGCCAAAUGUGCUGUUUUUUUAAAGAAAGUUAUUUUGAAUUUAAAAUAAUAGCUUGCAUUCAUUUUUAGUGAUAAUACCAAAUUCGGCUUAUUUAAGCAAAACUGCUUUUGGAUUAUAAGGUAAAAACAUUAAAAAAACAUUUAGAUUUCAAUAUGAUUUUCAUAUGUAAUAAUGAAAUACUGUAAUUUUUUCCAAUGAAUUCAUUUUCUAUGAAUGUGCAAAGAUCAAAAUUAGUAAUACAAUAUAAUUUCUAAUAAUACAAUAGUUCUUAACAAUUUUACAUUAAUUUUUAUUUUGUAUUGGAAAUAUAUUUAUUGUGCAUUUUUUGUGCACAUUGAGCUACAAUCAAAAUAUACUUAAUACUGUAUAUAUAUAAUUUUAUUUGUGGAUGAGUUUUAUUUUAGAUACGUGAUGUUUAUUUUAUGCUCAGUUUUUAUAUAAUGUAUUAAUUUAGACAAUGAAAUGGAAUAGACCUGUGGAAGAUUAUAUAAACUAAAGAAAUUUGUUUCAUGGAAUAUUUAUUUAUUGACUAUUGAUCACGUUAUUUAUAAAGUUAUCUCUAUUGUUUGUGGAGGUUUUGUAGCUUAUUCUUUUCUCUAAAGUUGCAUGUCUAUAAACAAAUAUUUUUAAUGAAUCCAUACUCAUAAUGGUGUACUAUACCAUUAAUAUGAAUUAUAUAUAUUAUUAUAAACAUUCAAUUUUGAUUACAAUUCAAAAAACAAAACCCUCCUGUAUUAAUUCAUUUAAUGUAUUACUUAGUAAAGAACUCAAAAAGUUAUUUUAUCAAGACAACAUUCCAUUACGGUAUUAUCUCUGUACCUCUUUGUACAUAUGGUAACUAGUGAAAGUAAUGCAUUUAUCUAGUGCAAUUUUAAAUCAAAAAACUUUUUUUUCUUUCCUUAUCAACUAUAAUAAGUCUUCCAUGAAUGUUACAAGUGUUGUUUUACUCUUCAUUUGUUACUUUGUCGCACAAUACUGCUGAUACUUAUUGUUAUAUCUACUUAUAUUUAGCAUUCUCUGGAAUCAAUGUAACUACUAACAGACUUCAUAGAGAAUCUUCAUUUUUCUCUGACAUAAAAUUAAAAGUAUCAAAUACUUAAUAUAUUGAGUCUGUAAAAACAGGUUACCAAAUAAAAUUAAGAGAAUGCUGUAAAGAGUUUGAAAGCUUGAAUAAGGCAGCUAAAAUUUAUUUGAUAUUAGCACAGCUGCCAAGAGUCUGCUUAAUUGUAAUUAAUUUUUUAUGUACAUAAGCGGGACUUUGGUUAUAUAAUGUACAGUAUGGAAGAAUUAGUAUUCAACAUCAUUGUAAAUAAAUCAUGUUUUUAUAAUAAUGAUUUUUAUACUCAUA